CCAUCAACAACCUGAAGGAGAUGAACAGUGAUGAUUUGUUAAUUGUUUAUUCAAAGGAACUGUAAGGAAUGUGAGUUUUGUGUUCAUGUUUCCUGUUUAAGUCUGUUUUUGGUUCUGUGUAUUCGGUGUAGCCUUGUUUAUUAUUAUUCGUCUGCAUUCUUAAGUUACUUAGUAUCUGUCUUGUCUCGUGUCUUAGUUCUUAGUCCUGUGCAUUAGUUCAUGUCUUAGUGUUUACUUCUGGUCUGUGUAUUCUGGGUUAUCUGUCUCUGCCUCUGUCACCCAUAUUGCUCCCUCCCAGCUCAUUAACCCAGGUGUGCAUAUAUACUUGUCUGUUCCCUCAGUCUGUGUCCGGUCAUUGUAGUGUGUAGAUGCUCUGUCCCAUGUUGCUGUGUGUUGUCCGGCUUGCCUGCGUUAUUAAUGCGUCCUGCAUUUGGGUCCCACCUGCUCAACCACCACAACACCCUAACAGGAUCGCCAUUAGUGGAUGCCAUGACAAUCAGUAAACAAUGUUGCCCAAGCAAAGAUUCACAUAUAAACAAUAAAAUUCACAUAUAAACAUAUAUCUCCUACUGUUCAGUCUCUCAUCUGUCUACCCAAUAGAUAUCUGUUCAUAUUGUUUUUGAAGGAUAAUUUAUUUUUUAUUAGGCAAAUGUUAAGGGGUAAACUAUCCGAAUUUGUUAUGGUUCUGUAAAUUACUCUCAAUGAGUUUAGCCUUAAGCAGAGUACCACAGUAUGACUCACAUAUAAUAUUCACAUAUUGUAUUCAACUUGCUAGACAAAACUCGAUUCAAUUCAUGGCAUGUGGAUGCUGCAUAAUAUACAGUGGAAUCGUCAAGAUACAUUGUUACACCUGCAUUUUUCACAGCAGAGAACAAGUCAUUAAUAAAAAUAUAUCUCUUGACAGAAGCAUCAGAAUUUCUCACUGUCUGAUAGAGAUGAACGAGCACUCAGUACAUCAGGAGGUCCAAGAGUUCCUGAAGUCAGAGAACAGAUCAGAUAAUAAACUCCCUGAGGUCCACUGCUCAUCUCUGGUCUACAUGCGGCAGAUGUCAGAAGAGGUGCUGGAUGUAUUUAACCUGAGGAAAUACAACACAUCAGAGGAGGGACGACAGAAACUGAUUCCAACUGUGAGGAACUGCAGAAAGGCUCUACUUUCCGAUUGUAAACUCUCUGAGACUCACUGUGAAGUCAUUGCCUCAGCUCUGAAGUCCAACCCCUCCCAUCUGAGAGAGCUGGACCUGAGUUACAACAACCUGCAGGAUUCAGGAGUGAAGCUGCUGUCUGCUGGACUGAGGAGUCCAAACUGUAGACUGGAGACUCUGAGAUUGUGGAGCUGUGGUUUGUCACAGAACAGCUGUGCUUCUCUGGCCUCAGCUCUGAAUUCCAACCCUUCCCAUCUAAGACUGCUGGAGCUGAACUACAACAAGCUGCAGGAUUCAGGAGUGAAGCUGCUGUGUGAUUUUUUGGAGAGUCCACACUGUAGACUGGAGACUCUGGGAUUGUGGCUCUGCAGUUUGUCAGAGAUCAGCUGUGCUUCUCUGGCCUCAGCUCUGAAGUCCAACCCCUCCCAUCUGAGAGAGCUGGACUUGACUGGAAACUACCUGUACGAUUCAGGAGUGAGGCUGCUGUGUGGUUUUCUGGAGAGUCCACACUGCAGACUGGAGAAUCUGAGAUUGUGGCGUUGCGGUUUAUCAGAGAUCAGCUGUGCGUUUCUGGCCUCAGCUCUGAAGUCCAAACCCUCCCAUCUGAGAGAGCUGCAGCUGACUAACAAUGACCUGUAUGAUUCGGGAGUGAAGCUGCUGUGUGGUUUUCUGGAGAGUCCACACUGUAGACUGGAGACUCUGAGAUUGAGAGGCUGCUAUUUGUCAGAGAUCAGCUGUGCUUCUCUGGCCUCAGCUCUGAAGUCCAACCCCUCCCAUCUGAGAGAGCUGGACCUGAUUGAAAACAGGCUGCAGGAUUCAGACGUGAAGCUGCUGUCUGAUCUGAAGAAGAGUCCACACUGCAGACUGGAGACUCUGAGCUGGAGGUGAUCUCUGUCAGAGUGUGAGGGAUCAGAAAGGUGGUGGUGUUGAGAGAGGAUCUGCUGUGUCCUGAUGAUCCAGAGAGGUUGAAGCAGCAGCAUCAGCUUGUGUGUG